AAUCACCAAAAGCAAAAGAGCUCAGGUCAGGGUGAGAUGAAAGACCAAGAUACUGAGACAGAAACAUCCGGGAGAACCGACGAUCAGAAGCCUCAACAGCCCAUCUGCAGAUCUGUGGAGGUCACUGAUCUCGAGGAACCUCACACCAGUGUUCUUCAAGUCCCUCCUGCUGCUGAGCCUCUGGUGCAGAAAGACCUCCAAACUCAAGUCCACGAUGCUCCAGUCAGUGUGAGAGCAGGUGAAGUGUCUCCUCUGAUGAUAGAGUUGGACAGCAAUGAAGUGGACACGAGACCUGAAGACAACAUUUGCUGCCGAUAUGCAAUUGGCAGCAAGCUGGGUCAAGAUGGAUUUGGCGCCGUCUAUAAGGCGACUCGUUUGGAGGAUAGACUUAAGGUGGCUGUGAAAUUCGUCAAAAAGACAAAACACACAGAAUAUAUCAGCAUUCCUGAUCAUCCCAAGCCCCUUCCCAAAGAAGUCGCCCUGACAAUUCUGGCCAAUAAAGACCCAGUGAUGGAUAUUAUUAGGCUGCUGGACUGGCAGGACCAGCAGAACUUCUACGUCAUUGUCGUCCAGCGCUUCUCACACUGCAUGGAUGUUUUCCGCUUUGUGCAACGCAAUGGAGGCAGCAUCGAUGAGAAGUUAGCGAGGCUCAUCAUGUUUGGGGCAACACUAGCCGCCAGUGCAUGUUGUAGACGUGGAGUUUACCAUGGGGACAUCAAGUUAGAGAACCUGCUGAUAAACUUGGAGAACCUCCAAAUCAAACUAAUUGACUUUGGAUGUGGAAGUGUCCUGAAAGAAUCUGCCUACACAAGAUUCAGUGGAACAGUUAUGUACCGCCCUCCCGAGUACAUACUGAAGGGUGAGUUCCAUGGAAAGCCAGCGACGGUCUGGUCUUUAGGGAUCCUCUUGUUCAGAAUGCUGUGUGGACACUUUCCAGAUAGUUUCGACUUCUACAGGACCAACUUGAACACCUGGUCCAAACCUGGCUUGACAGAAGAAUGCUGCCAUUUGAUCUGCUCCCUUCUGCAGCAAAAGCCAGAACGUCGGAUUGACCUGUACAGGAUUGUUUACCAUGACUGGUUUUAGUCUAAACAGCCCAAGGCCCUUCCCCAAAACGUCGACCUAUCAAUCCAGUGAUGGACAUUAUUAAGCUGCUGGACUGGAAGGACCAUCAGGACGUCUACAGUUUUUCAGUCGUCCAGCGUUUAUCACACUGCAUG